CACUCGUGAUAUAUUCUUUUCAGCCCUCUCACGGUGGCAGCCUACUUCCCACUUACAACCUCCAAACUCUUCCUACACGAUCACAAAAUGGCAGCGCAAGAAUACUACUACGGCUCCGCAGCCACCCAGCCAAAGCCAGCAACACCCUACCCUCAACAACACCAACCUCCACCUCCAUCCACAGUAUUUCAACCCUUCGACGAUGCGCCACCGGCAUACAGCCUGAUGCCACCAGGCGGCCAACAACAGCAGCAAUACCCUCAAUACCCUCCGCGACCUCAGCAACAACCGCCCUACCCGCACUCUCAAUCUCAGCAACAAGUCCUCCCAUACCCUCAGAACCAACACCAAAACGCCCCCCUCCUCCCACACCCCUCCGCCUCACAGCAAUACCUCGCCGCUCCCUCCCAACCCCGCCCGAACCGCGCGCACUCCACGCCCGCCGCGCCCCUCCCACCCCAAAACGAGUACUACUCCUCGGACGACGACCGGCGCGGGCGGAAACACCACCACCACCACCACAGGACGCACGGCAAACACUCUUCGUCGUCGUCGCGGCCGAAGCGCAACGGCGACCGUGAGGUCGCGUACAAGAAUCGCGAUACCUUCUUAGGUGCGGGCGGUGGCGCGCUGGUGGGGGAUUUGAUUUUCCCGGGGCUGGGCACGGCGACUGGGUUGAUUUUGGGCGCGUAUGGGGGGAAGAAGCAUGCGGAGAAGAGGAGUCGGAGUGAGAUGCCUAGCGGCGGGUAUCAGGGGAGGCGGAGGGGGAGCGAUGGGUGGGAUGAGGAGAGUAGGACGUUUAAGAAGGGGUGGGCUGUUAGAUAGGGGCUGUUAGAUAGGGGAAGUAGGGUAAGAGCGGAUGUGAGGCGUUCGAGGGCGAUUGGGGGAGUUUGGACUCGUCGCUGGCGAUGCAGUCCUUGCAUAUGCACUGCAUGAUUGAAUACUUCGUAAAUAGUAAUAUGCCUGAAACUCCACACUCAAGCUUUAUUUCGUUGUUCAUGCCCGUGUGUGUUAUUUGAAUGAUUUACAAAGGUAGGAAUACGUACUCAAUUAAGCGAC